AUGGCUGAAAACAGGCUAGCUGCUAGUGUUUAUGUGGAUGACAUUGUGUUAGUAGGAGAUUCCAUUGAUGAAAUUCACUCUGUCAAACAUUUAUUAGAUCAAACUUUUAAGAUCAAAGAUCUUGGUCAGUUGAGGUAUUUCCUUGGCUUUGAGAUUGCUCAAUCCAACACAGGAAUUUUCUUCAAUCAGCGAAAAUACACUCUUGAUCUCCUAGAAGACAGUGGAUUUCUUGCUUCAAAACCCUCUGCAGUUCCUUUUGACCCUAACACCAAACUAUCUGCUAAUGAUGGCCAGCCAUUAGAAGAUCCUACAAGUUAUAGACAUUUAAUUGGUAGAUUAAUCUACUUGACAAAUUCUCGGCCAGAUAUUGCCUAUGUUGUGCAACAUUUAAGCCAAUAUGUUUCCAAUCCAUGGCUCCCCCACUAUCAAGCUGCAAUACGGAUCCUUCGAUAUCUAAAAGUUGUCCCUGCAAAAGGCUUACUAUUUUCUGCUUCCAUCAAUCUCAAAUUAUCAGCUUUUGCUGAUUCUGAUUGGGCUUGUUGCCCUGACACCAAGAGGUAUGUUACGGGCUAUUGUGUUAUCCUUGGUUCUUCUUUGUUGUGCUGGAAGUCGAAGAAAUAG